CGCUCUCAUGGCAGUAAGAUGGCGGCUGUCAGGAUGUGGUCUGCUCUGUUGUCGUUUUUAAUUCUGAACGUUUUCCACGGCCUCGUCUCCACCUUGUACUUCCACAUCGGAGAGACGGAAAAGAAAUGUUUCAUAGAAGAAAUCCCAGAUGAGACGAUGAUCAUCGGAAACUAUCGGACUCAGCUGUACGACAAACAGAAAGAAGAAUAUCUGCCGGCCACUCAGGGUCUGGGCAUGUUUGUGGAGGUCAAAGACCCUGAUGAGAAGGUCAUUCUGUCUCGGCAGUACGGCUCUGAGGGAAGGUUCACCUUCACGUCUCACACCCCUGGAGAACAUCAGAUCUGCCUUCACUCCAACUCCUCCAAGUUCUCCCUUUUUGCUGGAGGCAUGCUGAGGGUUCACCUGGACAUCCAGGUUGGGGAGCACGCCAACAACUACGCUGAGAUUGCCGCCAAAGACAAACUGACGGAGCUGCAGCUGAGAGUGAGACAACUGGUGGAGCAGGUGGAUCAGAUCCAGAAGGAGCAGAACUACCAGAGGUACCGCGAGGAGCGCUUCCGUCAGACCAGCGAGAGCACCAACCAGCGUGUCCUCUGGUGGUCCAUCGUCCAGACCCUCAUCCUGGUGGCCAUCGGUAUUUGGCAGAUGAGACACCUCAAGGGCUUCUUUGAGGCCAAGAAGCUGGUGUAAAUCUUCUACUGUGCGUGCGUGCGUGCGUGCGUGUGUGUGUGUGUGUGUGUGUGCGUGCGUGCGUGCGAGUACAUGUGUGUGUGUCCUAAUAAGUGAUGCAGUAGAGCGCUGUGGCAGCCUGCACAUGACAUGCAGAGAAGUUACUCAAACCUUGUCGACCGAUGUUGCUAUCAAGCGGUCAGGCUGACAAUAUUUAUUGACGGCUGUCAUUUGGGCUCAAACAUUUCAUCCACUGAAGCGUGUGAGCCAAGACAUCGUCACCACGUGUUCCAUUAUUUUAUACACUUGAUGUUUGACCUCUGUGACGACUAGCUGGACAAGUUGAUGUGCACGCAGUCCUCUGAUUUGAUGACUUUGGGCAACUUGUCUUUGUGACGCACGGGUCGUCUCAGGAGUUUUCUGGGUUUUUUUAAAAGACAGCAACAUGGUUUUAGCCUGUGAUAAUCAUGAGAGUGCGUGCACGUUUUAAUUUGUUAAAACACACUGAAAUGACUCUUUAACAAUCUAUGCAGAGUUUGGAACAGGAGGUGUACUGUAAAUGUCAUCAGCGUGCAGGGUCGCCUUUCUGUUAUUUCGCUGCUUGUGUUGGUUUGAGUUUAGAAAAAUGACAAAUUGAAUGACGGGGCUUGAAUAUAUUUUUUCCAAACUGCACUCACGUUGGCGUUUGUCCCGUUUGCUUGAGUUCACUGUAUUCUUUAUACUACCAUUUAAGAGAAAACUUUUUAACUAUGUUUGGCUUUCACUGAGUGACAAUUUGAGAAUAAAUUCAUUGAAAUAAUGUUCAAAUAAAAGUUAAAAGAUAAAAGUUGUCUGUCCUUUUGGGAACAUUGGAAAACACAGCAUGGCUCUUUGUCAAUGGAAUGUAAUAUACCUGAGUCACAGGUCUUUAUGGUAAGAAAAUGAAUUUUUUUUUUUUUCAAGCUGCAAUGAUACCUCUUGAUCUCUCCGCUUUCACACAAAAAAAAUGUGUAAAAUGUAUCUCGAGCAAUACAGAUAAUAAAAUCAACAACAGCAAAUUUCUUAGCAGGUUGUCAAUGUUAUGUUAUGCGGAAGGGGUGUCUGAAGUCUGGCCCGUGGCCAUUUGUGGUCUACAGCACAUUCAACUUGGCCUGCAUCAGAACCACCAAGGAUGAUUAGGGCCACACUGAAAAGACAAAGUUGUUUGGCCUCAAUUUUCAUAUUGAA